AUGCAGACUCUACCACCAUUGACCUCGCUGUUCUCGACAGCGUUGGUCCUAUUGCCACAGCUCGUUUCAGCAACCUGCUACUGGCAAAACAGUACACUCGCCCCAGAUGACCCAUACUCGAUCGCUCCGGACGACACAGCGUGUUUCCCCGAUCAAGAGAAUUCCCCGUGUUGCGGGACCGGGUGGACAUGUCUCUCGGACGGGGUGUGCUAUAUCGAGCAAGGAGAUUCGUCCUUCUAUUAUCGCGGAACAUGCACCGAUCGUACCUGGGACAGCCAGCAAUGUCCCGGAUGGUGUUUCGCUCAAAACUCGACCGAUUCCAUCCCGUUGAUCAAAUGCGACAGUGCCCAAGAUUGGUAUUGCUGUCCUGAAGACCCGAACUGCGAUUGCAAUAGCGGGAAAGACGCCGUCAAGCUGGGAGACGAUCAACCCAGCACGGUCACGGUCAUCGGAAGCACAAGCUGGCCUGGCUUCACGGGUACCACGGCUCCAUUCACCGCCAGCCCUUUGGUUUCUGAGGGUACCACUACCGAUACCAAUACCGCCAGCGCCACCGAGGCUGCUCAGACGACGACUGGCUCGGAUGCCACAACGACAGCAACAGCAACAGCAACAGCAACGGGGUCAUCCAAUGGCACCGGCGUCAACACAGCGGCAGGUGCAGCUACAACGUCAAGCGACAAUGGUGAUGGUGAUAGUGAUGGUGGCGGCGGUGGAGGCAGCAACACCGGUCUCGCAGCAGGACUGGGCGCUGGACUCGGCGCUGCUGCCGUGCUCAUCGGCGUGCUCGCAUUCUUUCUGAUCCGAGCUCGACGGCGCAGGCAUGCUGUCAAUGCCAAUUCAGGAGGUCCAGCCUACGAAGAAGUGCCCAACCGCAGCCACAUGGAUCAAAAGGCUUCCUAUGCGUCUCCACGGCCGACGACAUAUCAAGACGAGCAGUACAUGGUUGGAGGGACUCACUCGAAACCUGAACUUCCCGGGGCGGGAGAAUACAACCGGCCUGAGAUGCCUGCUAGUAGUAGCAAUGAAGGUGGCAGACAGGCCCAUGGCUCCAGGGCGGAACUUGAUGCCUCGUGA